CCCCACGCUCAGGUCAUAAAGAUUUCCAUCAUUGACAAAUUUGUGACUCUCCUAGCACAGGAACAAAAUAAUUAUUGAUAACACCGACUUAGUGUACCAACGUCGAAGCGCGCAAUCCCGACAGCAACACCAGGAAGCCUGAUUACCAAGAAACUGUUGGCGAAAAGGCACCUUACUGGAUUUCCGAGCCGCAGAGAAAUUUUAAACACCGCCUGCGCGCGUGCAAUCUUGGGCCCAUCAGACAUUUUUCGAGAUCGAGCAUUACUAUUGUUGCCCAAGAUGUCGUUGACAAACUGUCGUUUUUACGAGGAGAAGUAUCCGGAGAUUGAUAGCUUCGUCAUGGUCAAUGUCAAGCAGAUCGCCGAUAUGGGUGCUUACGUCAAACUUCUCGAAUACGACAACAUCGAUGGCAUGAUUCUACUAUCUGAACUUUCGAGACGUCGUAUCCGAAGUAUUCAGAAGCUUAUCCGAGUUGGUCGCAACGAGGUUGUAGUCGUUCUCCGAGUCGAUAAGGAGAAGGGAUAUAUCGAUCUUUCGAAGCGCCGAGUCUCUCCCGAGGAUAUCGUUAAGUGUGAGGAACGGUACAACAAGAGCAAGAUGGUCCACUCCAUCAUGCGCCACGUAGCCGAGAAGACUCAAACACCCAUCGAGACUCUAUACGAAAGCAUAGCUUGGCCGUUGAAUAAGAGAUACGGCCACUCCAUCGACGCGUUCAAGCUUUCCAUAACGAACCCCGACGUAUGGAACGAUAUCACAUUCCCUAGCGAGCCGGUAGCGGAGGAGCUCAAGUCGUACAUCGGAAAGCGCUUGACUCCUCAGCCUACAAAGGUCCGUGCCGACAUCGAGGUCACCUGCUUCGAAUACGAUGGAAUCGAUGCUGUCAAGACCGCCUUAAGAACAGCAGAGGCGCGAAAUACCGAGGACAACCAGGUUAAAGUGAGACUCGUCUCCCCGCCGCUCUACGUCUUAACAAGCACAUGUCUGGACAAGAACGUCGGUAUAAGCCGACUAGAGGAAGCUAUCGUCGACAUCCGCAACAGCAUCACCAGCGCAGGCGGCCAACUCGUAGUCAAGAUGGAACCCAAGGCGGUGACGGACUCGGACGACGCCGAGCUGCAGGCGCUGAUGGAGAAGCGCGAGCGCGAGAACGCGGAGGUCAGCGGAGACGAGAGUGUCAGCGAGAGCGACGACAACAUUCCCGAGACUGUCUAAACUAAUCGGUUCGACUUCGGUUCAUUUCAAUUAGUUUCACCGCGAUAAGGGGUGUACGGGCUAGGUAAAAAAGGGUACCUACCUAGAGGUCAUUGACAUUCAGGGGUCAUAAAAAAAGUACCUAGCAUGCGAAUAGAGCAUUUUGUGUUUUUUCGGAAUGAAAUAAAUCCUCCAAAUUCCCGUCCCUGUGUUGAUACCUUGAAACGAGUUAGGUGAGGUUGUUUUGUAGGAAUUAUGCUACUUCUUAAUUGUCUAAUACAGCUUAACUAUCCCAUUUUAAUUAUUGAUUAUUGGUAGAUCGCCUGCUACGUUGAUGCCAGGGGAUGAGAUGGGAGAUGAGAUGGGAUGAAACCCAAGAAACUUGGUGGUUAUUUACAUUUAUGUGC